AGGUCUUUGCAGAAGAGGGAGAAAACAGAAGGAGAAAGAGUCAUAUCCGUUUUCAGUAACAGAACUUUUUCUACAAUUCCUAGAAGGACCUGUCACUUCGCGGCAAGUCAGGUGCAAGCUCUCAUUGUUGCGCUCUAUUCACAUUUAAAGUUGGUAGCUGAGUCUACCAUCCUAGUUUGCGUUUUCCGGGUUAAAAAGUCAAUGAUAUAAGGCUACCAUAUCAACUUGCAAGUUAGUAAAUGCCCGAAAACUACGUCGAGGGUUGCCCCCCGGAUACAAGUGACAUCACGACCGUUACACUACGUCACGCUCCAACAGGUUUCAAGGAUAACAACAAAACGUCGUGUUACAUGGAGCGAACACAAGAAUACAAUUCCUUCACUCGAUGGUGCUAUUCAUUUUCUUUCUUUCACGGGAAGACAUAGAAAGUCAGGGGCAGUAACUCCCCAGUUUAUUACAUUGUGAAAUUGCCUCCCCUGAAUGAACUGUAAGAGUUGACAGCGUUUUUCCCGUUGUCCUCUAUCAUACAUAUCAAGACAUAAGGAGGUGCAUGUAGAGAAAGUAUCAAUAUGUUUGGCUUCUUUUCAUUGGGCAGAGUAGGAGAAAAAAAAUCAAGAAAAAAAUCAUAAAAACACAAAUAUCCUCCAAAAACAUACACAAACAUACACAAACACACACACACAAGGACUUCAUGCAUGGGAGCGUCGUGUGUUUGGAUCAUGUGUAUGUACUUGUGCCCGCGCGUGUGUGUGUGUGUUUAGUCAUUCAGUGUGUAUCAUCACUCAGUGGUGUGGAGAAGACGAUGCAAUACAUACAGUAUGUGAGUGAAUUCUUGUCACGCUGCCCAGUGCACUUUGACCUCACGUGGUGGUGGGAUGUCGGUGCUGUUAACUUGUCUCUUGACACCUGGCUGGCUGCCUGACCUCAAAGACUUGUUGACACCGACAAGUCAUGCAUCUGUGUGGUAUGUGAGUGAAUUCUUGUCACGCUGCCAAUUGGAGCCUCCUGUACUUCAUGUAUGUGUGUGGGGGGGGAGGGGCUUGAAUCCUCAUGCAUCGGGAGAGCAUCGCUGCUGUCGUUCCUGUACAUCAUGUAUGUGUGGGGAGGGGUUUGCACGCUCAUGUUGCCAGCAUCGCUGCUGUCGUUGGUUCUUCACUCUCUCCUGCUAUCUAUCUGCCUCUCCACACGUGCAGACUGCCAGCAGUUGUCAACCUCACCUCGUCUCAGACGCUGCUUUCCUCGGGAUAUACUUCCACUAACAGCUUUCUCACAAAGAUCAUCUCCGGGUUGGACAUACAGGUGCAUUUGACUACUGGUACUCUCACAAGGGUUAUCUUGCCCAUCAGCAUCCAUCAUCCCUUUAUUUAAUAUUGUUUGGAAGUGCUUUACCCACCCUCUUCACUGAUUUGGUCCACUACAGGCUGUCUUCUGUAUCUCCUCAUCACCUCCCAGAAGGCCUUUGGUGGAUACAAUGCUGCGAUUCUUUAUAUCUCUACUCUCACUCGCUCCUUGUGUCCUGACGAAGGCGACAGGAAGUUGCCAAGGCACUGACUGUCCGCCAAAGACUUGGCACAAUGUAAGCUGCAGGACUAAGGACGACUGCGAUCAGCCCUACACCACGUGCUACAAACGUGUGUGUAGGUGUCACCCCGGGUACUUCUAUACCACACACGACACGUGUACUGACACUUGUAGCACAGACGACAUGCAGGACAGCUUCACAGACUAUCCUGACAGCGCUCUACGUGCAAACCUCAUUGAUAGCGAGGAUGGACUCACUGUGGAAGACUGCAAGGACAGAUGUCAGACUAACAAGACUUGCCUCACCUUUGAUUUCAAAGUCCAUGGAGGUCUGUGCCGGCUCCAUAAUGUCACCGCUCAUGAGUCUCCCUCCGACUGGUAUCCUAAGACGAGCAAAGGCUGGACCCACUACCAGAAAUCCUGCAACUCCACUUUUGCCACACUCCAUACCUGGCACAACUUAUUGUGCCACAACAAGAUUGAUUGUCCUGACCCAUACAGCGAUUGUUUGUCAGGACGAUGUCUAUGCCAUUUUGCCUUCAAUGAAGCACAGAAGAAGUGUUUUGUUGCAAGUCAUCCAGAGACGUCGCGACUUCACAGUUAACUUCAACCGGAACUGGACAGAAUAUGUAAACGGUUUUGGUAACAUCUCUGGAGAUUUCUGGCUGGGCCUAAACGCGAUUUACGACCUGGCAUAUUAUGAUACGCCCUUGAGAGUGGACCUGGUGGCUGAGUCCGGGAGACGCUACUGGGCUCAAUACACGGAUUUCGGUUUGACCUAUCCGCCUUACUUCGGACUUUACCCGCGGGGCUACUCUGGUGACGCAGGAGAUGGGUUGAUUAACACUAACUCUUUUCGUACCUAUGACGACGACUAUUUGGGCUGUGUGAAAUCCACUAAGGGCCCCUGGUGGUACCCGUACUAUGACUGUGCCAGCAACGCUAACCUCAACAGCCCUGACAGACGUCACAUGACCUGGGCUGACAUCGGCUGCGUGACUUUCUCGGAGAUGAAGAUGAAGCCAGACUAACACCACCUUGUCUCCUGUACUCACUGCUUACACCGCCAGUCCACUGUUCACUGUUCACUACAGGUUCCACUGAUGAUGUGAGCUCAGUGUACAUUAAUCUCUCGCAAUAGUCUAGCAUCUGACACUAGUGCAGACUACUUACUGUACUUUAAUUGUUUACUUUGAGUAUAUUGCCUGGUGAUUCUAUUAUACAUGUGUUGUAUUAUUUCUAUGUAUUUGCUUGGAUAAACUAACAUGCUUACAAACGUAAAGUCUAAGUUUAAUUAAUUAAUUCAGCAUUUAAUUGUGCCUAGGUUAUAGUAAACGUGUCAUGAACUAUAUAUUAGCUAUACACCUGAUAGUUUACAGUAAACGUGUAAUGACCUGUAGCUAUACACCUGAUAGUUUAUACAAUGUUGGCAGCUGACUCAGUGUGAAAAAGAUGACACUCAUCCGAGAGUUUCCUUUUCAAAAUAAUGAAAAAACUUUGAUACUGAUUGUAUCCAACACUGCUGUUCAUUAUUUGCUUACUGACGAUGACUGACCAUGACUCAGAUUGCUACAUUCUCUGAUUGUUUGGUAUUUAAAAGGCUUCAAGUUUAUUUUGUGUUAUGUUGUGAAACUUUACCGUAUCCUGGAGUUUGCUUUAUUUAAGCGAAAAUUGACAUUUUCACAAAGCUAUCAGCGAAGCUUACUUUUCGUAAAAACAAAUAGAACUAUUGCGAAGAAUGAACAGAUAUUUUCAUAAAAGCAAUUAAAAGUAUAAGUAGUAUUAUUAGUAGUAUUAUUAGUAGUAUUAUAAGUAGUAUUGUUGGUAUUUGUCGCUUUGACUAAAUGUGAUGACAUCACUAUGUACUCAAUGUUACCUCCCCUUUAAACUAAUGAUAACGGUCGUUGAUACAUCACAUCUUUAACUUAAUUGUACAAACAAAUAAACUAUUUUAAUAUUUGUUCCACACUGAAGAGUUCUAACAGCAAGGCGCUAGCAAAAUGGCGACACACACCUGGUGACACACCUGUGUGUUCUCUGUGUACAACUUCCACGAGAAACUUUCUGUUACAAUAUUCAAGAGGGAGGUUGCUAGUUUUUUUGUCCCCACUGAACUCUGGAGGGACUGUUGCCUGCACUGCCUCGCUGUGUUGUAUUCUAAAAUGUCACGUGACGCUUUGGUGAAUAAGUAUUUGUCCUAA